AUGGUCAAAAAUUCAUUCAGUUCGGUUAUUUCUCAAAAAGAAAACGAAGAAAACAGAGGAUCUGUUGAAUUUCAAGUAUUCAGUUUCACCACUAAAAUAAGGAGACUUACUUCACAUUUGGAAUUACACAAAAAAGACUCCUCAUCUCAGAGAGGUUUGCGAAAAAUUUUGGGAAAACGUCAACGACUGCUGGCCUAUUUGUCAAAAAAAAAUAGAGGACGCUAUAAAGAAUUAAUUGGUGAGUUGGAUAUUCGAGAGAGAAAAACUCGUUAA